AUGAGAGGAACGGCUCGGGCAGAAAGAGCGGGCAGACCGGACGCCCCCUCUGUCGACUCCCGUGGGGGCGGUCCAGAGCCACUUCGUUAUCCUCCCAGACUUCGUCCCAUGAACAUUGGCUUACCAUUUUCUGACGCGGUGCGGAUUCAGCUGAGCCGAGAGCAACACCCAUACGCUUCCAUCGGUGCGGGUACACUGGAAACGGAAGCACCACGAUCCAGUAACAGCUGUCUCGGUGAUAACGCCCUCUCUCGCACCGUCGACGCACACUUGGCCAGGUCAGAAAAGUCCACAUCGAAUCUACCGCGUCUGAUAUCGACGACGCAGUGGUACUCUGGAAACGAAAACAACCGCCCCAAUUGCAAGGAACAAUGGCAGUUGAGUAUCCCUCUCCACAAGAAGCCCCUUGGCUGGCGUCUUUUUGGCGUAUGCAGCAACAAUAGUUUUAGCGGCGUUCGAACACACAGACUUAACUAUCUGUGAUUCGGUUCUCCAGUCUUCCCACUGGGGCCUGCAUGAUGCGAAGCGAAUCUAUCCAGAUGUGGUUGUACCCGCCAGCCACCGGCUGACGGUGAAGGGCUUCUUGAAAGGUCCUAGGGAGUUGCGAGGUUGGAAUACCCUCGUGUGAUUCGAUUUCUGUAGAUGAAAGCAGCUUGUUUUGAUCUAUAGUUUACACCAACAAUGACUCAGAGCCACGUACUCGAGUUUUGGUGGCAGAGCAGAUCCCUCAACUAGGUGGACGACCUCAUUUUCGGCGGCAUCCAGAUCUGUGAAUGUAAGAAGCGUGCGACCGGAAUGGCUGUUCAGAGACGAUAG